ACCCACCCACGCACGGCCAGUACCAAAACAAGAGUGACAAUGCGUGGAAUUUACUUGUGUCAUUGCAGUCACGCGGACACGGAGAAAGAGAAAAGACUGUAGCACCACAGCACAGCCGCCAUGGCCAUCGGCAUCAGGAGAUCCUAGCCGUGUUGAGCAUCCAGCCAGGAGUUCCGCUGGCUGAGGCGCCGCGCCGCUGGAGGAAGUUGUCGUUGGUAUGCAGCCCGCACCGUACCAUGGGAGCCGCACUGCAAUGCUAGGGGGGCUGCAGGCAUCGCGAGGAUAUAUGCACUCACUUGUCGCGUCUGUCGUCUUGUUGUGUCUGCAGAAAUACCACCCGGACAAAGGCGGCGACGUAGAGAAGAUGAAGGAGAUCAACGAGGCCUACCAGGCCAUCAUUGCCGAGUUUGAGAGCGGACAGCACGGCAACACGGAUGACACCGAGGUCGGCAGCCAACCACGACACAGAUACACAUCCUACCCUGCCCACCUCUCUGUCGUUGUGUGUUCUUGUGUGUACGUAUCUGAUGGGUGGGUGCAUCGCAUCAGUUGAGGGCAGCGCGGGACGAGGUGAGCACCACCCACCCACCCACACGACUAACCGACAUCCAGACCAGACAGCCCACCCCCACGCUCUCUGCACUCAUCCCUCUCUUCCCUGGUCUUUGUGUGUCCCGCGACCGACAGUGUGACGAGCAUCUUCGCGAGUACUGGCGGUGGCGGGAGGAGAUGAGGAGGCUGGAGGGGGAGUGGAAGAGGAAGGUGGACCAUGCUGCGGCGUUGGUCGCCGAGGUGGGGCAUCGGCUGGCCAUCGACACCACCACCACCGCACACACCACCACCGCGCCCACCGCCAACCCCAGCAGCACACACCCCACCACCACAACCAAUACCGUGCAAGAGGGCCCCAUCAUCGAGGGGGAGGAAGGAGGCCGCCAUCGGCGGGACGGGCUGCUGCAGCUGCAGCUGGGGGUGCUGGGGGUUCUUCAAGAUCCUCCGCAGCCCCUUCGGCUGCUGCUGCCCCACCACAGCCCACUGAUGGGCUGUUGCUGGCGGGGGCGUGUUGUUAGGCGCGAGCCCCCAGCAGCAGCCCAUCAGAACUGACUAGAUGGUACAGACCACACACAGAGAGUCGCCACCUGAUAGACAGCCCAUUUUCUGUAGCCGCUGAUGGAUUCAUUGACCGCAUCGACAUACAUCCGUUAAUGCAGUGCAGACACACAGUGUGUGACGGGUCGGCGGAGG